GAAGAGAGCGACGGCUUCUUCCGUUUACGCUCAGCGCCUUGCGGGUGGCGUUGCGCAUCCUAGUCUCACCCCUUGUCCUAGAUCCGUGCUACUCUGUAAAUCGAGAAGCAAGGUUCCGAAAUCGGGAGUGAUUACCAGAGAGUACCUAAGGAUUGCUGCAAGCCGUCAGCCAGACUCCCCAGCAAGAGCGAGAGCCCGCGUGCGCGCGCAGCCCCGGCCCGCGGUCUGACCCUUCCCACGGUCCGUAGGGCGACCGCGCAAGCGCGGAAGAUUCGACAAGCCCGUCGCUAUGGAACCAGACGGGACCUACGAACCGGGUUUCGUGGGUAUUCGAUUCUGCCAGGAAUGUAAUAACAUGCUGUACCCCAAGGAGGACAAGGAGAACCGCAUUCUUCUGUACGCGUGCCGCAAUUGCGAUUACCAGCAGGAAGCUGACAACAGCUGCAUCUACGUCAACAAAAUUACGCACGAAGUGGACGAGCUGACUCAGAUCAUCGCAGACGUGUCGCAGGACCCCACGCUACCUCGGACGGAGGACCACCCUUGCCAGAAGUGUGGCCACAAGGAAGCAGUAUUCUUCCAGUCACACAGUGCGCGAGCUGAGGACGCCAUGCGCCUGUACUACGUAUGCACCGCCCCACACUGCGGCCACCGCUGGACUGAAUGACCCUUCCCCACCUAUAAUAAAUGCCAGUUUUUGUA